UGACAUCCGAACGGUCAACGGACGAGGUUCAACUUCGGCAAUCCUGUUCGACGUGUUUACGUCGUAACCAUAUUUCGGAAUAAUAAUCAUUAUUCAUCCACCGUGGUAUAACGGUAUACGAUACAUAAAACACAACCGGGUGAGAAUUCUGCGCGACGAUCGACAUCAAUAGACGCGUUACUAACAGGUACAUACCUAAUGUACCGUGACGUGUGCGCUGACAAACCAACUUCUGACGUUUGUAUGCGUCGAAACUCGAUCGACUUAAUAAUAUCAAACAUUACAGACGAAAAAUAUGUACAUACCAAUCAUACGUAAAAACUACAUCCAUGACCAACGAUUGUCAUAAAACAAUUUUUAACACCGGUUUAUUUUGAAACAUUUUAAUAGAUAGUGUGCAUCGUUUUUGAAACAGCUAGACGCUUUUAAAGAUGCGUAAUAGCCACAACUGCGUGAGGGCUGCGAUCAUGGUGACGAGCAACCGCCGAACGAUGCGUUCACUGGCUGUACUGAUGUUCCUUGUAGCGUCGGCCACGGGUCAGCAGUCCAUGUCGUUUCCGGACGGCGAGGUUGGCGGCAGCGGCAUCGCGGAUAACGGGACGACGUCGGGCGGCGCAGGCUCCGGAAACAGGAGCGGUAAGAACCUAUUCAACUGGUUGGGAAGUUUCUCGGACGAGGGCGCCGAUCCGUACUUGUCGUCGGCCAACGGCGCAUGUUUGCAAGGCGACAUGGCGGAGUGUUUCAAGGCCCGUGCCCUGUCCGGUCUGGGUGACUUCUUUGUCCGGGACUCGUACCGGCUCAAUGAGAACGUGCGGGUGGUGCGCCUACGUGACGAAGACGACGACGGUGGCCGGCAUGCGUCCAGGGCGUUCGAGUUCUCGACGGAUCAGCGGCCGGAGGAUACUGAGUGGGAUAAGCUGGUGAAAUUCGCCACGCGCAAAGCCGAACGAUUCCUGCGGUCGGCCGCCGUCGAGGUGCACGUUCCCGACGAGCUGACUGAGGGUGGACGGUAUUCGCCCAGGUUCAUCGACGAGAUAUCCUCCGAGCUGGACACUCUUGAAGACAAAAAGGCCAGCGUCAUUACCAAGAAAAAGGUUAAGAAAUUGCUGAUCCCGUUGCUAAUUGUGCUCAAGCUGUUCAAGUUAAAGCUUCUCCUUUUCCUGCCGCUCAUCCUGGGUUUGGCGUCAUUCAAGAAGGUGCUCGGCUUCCUGGCAUUGGUCGUGCCCGGCCUCAUUGGAUUCUUUAAGCUGUGCAAGCCCGAUCUCCAGCAUAACUAUGGUACGUUUGGACACAGCAGCUACUAUCACAGGCCGUCCAACGGAGGUGGACCUCUGCCUCAGACUGGACCCGUGUACUCGCCAUUCCGUGAACACCAAGAAUCACAAUACCAUCGCGAACAACCACAGUACUUCCGUGAACAUCCGGUAGAUCCUCAACAGUAUCUAUAUGAGUCAGCUGACGCGCAGCCAUACAAUAGCCGGCCAGCUCGAAACCAGCAGGAUGUCAAGGUACCGUCUACCGGUUCGGUCGCGUUCAAGGACGAAGCCAACGACAUGGCGUACAACGGUUACAACAGGCAACAGCGGCGAUAAAACCAUAAAAUAAUUUAUAUCCAUGGCUACAAUAGAGACUUUACCGUCCCUGUUAUCGUAAGAUAACGAUGUACAUAGAUUGUUCAAUCUUCAUAAACCCUGUGGUCCCUAUUGCGUAUCCCUUUUGUGUCCGCCGACUUGUCUUUCUGUGCCUAUGUUUAGCAUGAAUAUAUCUACAAAUAUUAUCGUCCAUUACAAUAUAUUAUAAAAAUAUUAUAUUGUAUAACAUCUUAACAUCAUGAUUUAAUACAUUUCCAAUGAACCAUUUCGACCUGUCGGAAAAUCUCAUAUUUUGGAACAAUUUUAUCAUUCGACUGAAAUCUUCGGCUGUUUGUUGGCGAUAAACGUCGUGAUGGUUCGUUCUGUUCAGAUGCGUAAAAAGCAGUGGGUUAUUUUAAUACAGUAUUCGUAGUUCCUCGUAAUCAUGGCCACAGGAAUCACUGAUUGUUGUGACAACGAUAUAUUAUAAACUUAAGACCUUAAUUCGUAUUAUUAUUUUUUUUAUAUAUUUUCGUGAAGCGUAAAAACUGUGUGCGAUAUUUUGUAUAAUUUAACAUGAUUUUGUAUUUUACUGUAAAUAUAUAUAUAUAUAUUUUUUUA